AGAAAUCCGAAUAUUUAAAUCUGGACCCACCACACACGCUCACACCGGACCCACAUAAAUCCAACGGUGAUUAACGCUUACUCGCUUCAUUCCAAAAGAUCAACACCGUCCAUUCAUUCCUCUGUAUAUCUUACCCCCCUAAUCAAACCCAAAUCCAGAAUUCAACAAAUCCCUCUCUCUCUCUCUCUCUCUGAAAAAGCAAAACCCUAGAAUUCGAAAUCCGAUUCCCAAAUUUUCAGCCAUGGGAAACACAGAGAAGCUUUUGAACCAGAUCAUGGAGCUGAAAUUCACAUCCAAAUCGCUCCAACGCCAGGCCAAGAAAUGCGAAAAGGAGGAGAAAUCCGAGAAGUUGAAGAUCAAGAAAGCCAUGGAGAAAGGCAACAUCGACGGAGCUCGAAUCUACGCCGAGAACGCAAUCCGGAAACGCACCGAGCAGAUGAACUAUCUCCGCCUCGCCUCUCGCCUCGACGCCGUCGUGGCUCGUCUCGACACGCAGGCGAAGAUGUCCACGAUCAACAAGUCCAUGGGGAACAUCGUGAAGUCCCUCGAGUCCUCGCUCGCCACCGGGAAUCUCCAGAAGAUGUCCGAGACUAUGGACUCAUUCGAGAAGCAGUUUGUGAACAUGGAGGUCCAGGCCGAGUUCAUGGAGAGCGCGAUGGCCGGUUCCACCUCGCUGUCGACGCCCGAAGGGGAGGUGAAUAGCUUGAUGCAACAGGUUGCGGACGAUUACGGCCUCGAGGUCUCCGUCGGGCUGCCUCAGCCGGCGGCGCAUGCCGUGCCGACGAAGGAGUCCACGUCGGAGAAGGUCGAUGAGGAUGAUCUGUCGAGGCGGCUCGCCGAGCUUAAGGCCAGAGGGUAAUAAUGGUUUGUUGGGUCUUGAUGAGAAAUUGGUGAUACUUACUAUUAUUAUUAUUAUUAUUAUUAUGUGCGAACGUGAUAUGUGUAUGAUUAGUUACUGAGGAAUGUUAAAUAUGUUGAAUCUUAAUUUUUAUAUUCUGUAAAUUUUACUCAAUUCGGAUUCCA